UUUUAGUUCAAACAGACGCGUAUGACAGGACACAUUCUGGUGCUUUGGGUUUUUUACUUGAACAACCGAUUAUUUUGAGUUCAUUAAAUAUACCGUGCUAAAUAAAGAUUCAAAUAGAAAAGAUAUAUCGAACACAUUGAGUUGGUUUAUCGACCUUUUGAGCUGGUCUAUCAAGCCAGUCGUCGUAUGUUCGAGUCCUGGCUCUGGAGAGAAUUGAAGCGAAACGAUACGCAAAUGAACGUGGCUGGCAUACGUAGGAACAUUAAAAAUCUUGCACAUAACUACUCGGAUGCCCAGAUCAAGGUCCGUGAAGCUACCUCCAAUGAUCCAUGGGGUCCGUCGUCUACAAUUAUGGCCGAAAUUGCCGAUCUCACAUACAACGUCGUAGCAUUCUCCGAAAUUAUGCAAAUGAUCUGGAAACGCACUAACGAUCACGGUAAGAACUGGCGUCACGUUUACAAGGCUCUGCUGCUACUAGAAUACUUGAUAAAAACGGGAACGGAGAAGGUGGCUCAGCAGUGUAAGGAGAAUAUUUAUGCUAUACAAACGUUGAAAGAUUUUCAGUAUAUGGAGGAAGGUAAAGACCAAGGAAUGCAUGUUAGAGAGAAAGCCAAACAGCUAGUACAGUUGCUGAAAGAUGAUGAGCGCUUAAAGAAUGAACGUGCCAGAGCAUUAAAAGCGAAGGAACGUUUUGCUCGAACUGCCAGUGGAUUUGGUUCCGAUGGGUCUAUUGAUGGGCCUACGCAGAAAGAUUCUCGCCCUCCUAACUGGGGUGAAGGUGAGCCAACAGGAAAGCCGGUUUCAGAGAUAGAAUUCGUAAGACCACAGACCGUGGGCGAAGAAGAAUUGCAACUCCAACUGGCGAUGGCAAUGUCACGAGAGGAGGCCGAACAGGAAGAACAAAAGCGGAGAAGUGAUGACGUACGAUUACAACUUGCACUUAGCCAGAGUGAACAAGACUUCAAGAAAGAACAUACUACGAAACCGGCCGACAGUGCGUUGGUCGAUUUGCUAGACAUUUCGUUUGGAGCCACUAGUAUUUCUAACCCUGUGCAACAGCCUGGACCAUCAACAAGUAGCGAUCCGUGGGGCCUACCCGUUGCUGGCGGAUCCAGACCACAGACAUCUGAUCCCUGGUCACGAACGUCUUCACCACCGGUAGUGGAUCCUUGGCUAAAUAGUGCCUCAGCUCUGCCUCCGCCUUCAGUUAAAGUUCCAGUAAUGGUUGGUGCUGUUGGUGGUCAACUAGAUGCAUGGGCCCCGGUACGAACACAGUCACCAUCAGUAACAUCCGGUUCUUCCGUGGAAGGAUGGCUGAAUAAUGGUGCAAAAGUAUCAACAACGGCACCCUUGGCAACUAAUGGAAAUAUAGACCCGUGGCAAAACAAAAUAUCUCUACCCAGCGCGCCUUUAACGGACGCGUGGCAACCAAAACGAUCCACACCAGUGCCUACGGCUGAUCCCUGGCAGCCUAACGCAAACCCCGUUAAACAUGAUCCUUGGGCGCCUGUUACUGGAAGUGCCGAUGGAGCAUUCGCUUUUCCUGCGAACCGUCCAUCGCCAGUAGGAGCAAUUACCUCACCAACCUCAGACCUUGAUGAGUUCGAUAUAAUUACCAAGAGAAGCAGCACCAGUAAUGCCGUUAAUAAUAAUUUGAAUAAUAACGGUUCUCUGUUGGAUGAUCUAGACCCACUGUCUUCAAGCAACACAUCCAGUUCAGCCAGCAACUCCGCCUCAGCUUCAACGACAGCAAAAAAAACACCAGCAUCGUUCCUGGGAGAAAACUCCGCAUUAGUAAAUCUGGAUAACCUGAUCAAACCCGUAUCAACGACCACAACAGGUUCAAGUAGUGCUCCAGCUUACAAUCCUUUUGGCGAGGCAGUACCGCCACAGAAAAACCUAUUCCAACAGAAUCAACCACAGGUUCCGUCCAUUAAUCAAUUGAAACAAUCACCUUUCCCAGUGACGUUGAAUCAGGAUCCUUGGGCACCAGUAAACCCAGCAGCAGCGACACAACGCUACUGGGCACAUUGGCGAGAUCGCCGUCAAGCUGUACGGAGAAAAAAACAAACAAGUAAUAUUUCUUCGUUACCGGGCUGCCGAACUUUGUAUUAUGCAGCAGGUACAGGAGAUAAUAGUCCAAGAAAAAACUCGCAAAGUUUAUUGUAAAAAUGUACUAGUACUAGUUAUUUCGAACAUCGUCUUGAAAAUUCUCUGUUUGAACCGGUUGUUCAUUAGAAGAUCCAAUCUUGCUCACGUGAGUAAAUCAUACAUCCAAGCUUGAAAGUUACAUCUAUUCAUUCAUUUCUAGUAUGCGUUGAGCUCUGGGACAACAAACAAGCAUUUGAUUAAUUAAUUAACUUAGUCAGUCAUUCAAAGUGAGUAAAUAUGAGAAUAAUUCUACAGGAAACAGAUAAGCAACUGUCCGAUUUUGUUCAUUUUUUGUGCAUUUGUUCAUUUUGGUAAAAUUUAGAACUCAAAUCGUUCUUUUCAUAUGGUCGAAAUUUCGACAGCAAAUGAAGAGUAAUUUAAUUUUUUUUUCUGGAAAAAAAGAAUUUUUUUUGUAGCUUAUAAAAAAAUCCGAGGCGCAGUACACUUUGUUUUAAAUACAUUUUUUUAAAUCUUCAGGUAUGAUUGGUAUUUUCAUUUCCGAGAUAGAACGCGAUAGUAAUGACAAUUAGAUACAUCUGCAUUUCGUUACAAUAUUGAAGCUAAAGAGAAAACCUGGAGAAAUAGUGCAAAAAAAUCCAAGUCUAAUAUUUUGCUAAAGAAACAAAUACACAAAGUUCAAACAAAAUUGAAGUGUUUCUAUAUCUUGUUUCUGGGGAGUUGCUAAAUAUAUAGGAAUCAGAUUUAAUCUCGAAGAACAUGAUAUUAACUGCAUGAACAUUGUUACAGGUUGCAGAGAAUAUUGCUUUUUUAUAGUCUUUGUUAGAAGAAAUGUAUUGCAAAUAAUCGAUAGCAUACAUAUGAGUUUACCAGGAUUACCGUACUCUAAAACAGUACAAUGAAUUAAAUUUAAAGACAAUAUAUGCGCGCAAUUUUACUGCUAUUUCUAGUUUCUGAGACACAUUUUGUGAAAGUCGUGUUUCUGAAUUUCAAAAGAUCAGCUAUUUCACAAAAAGCCUUUUUAAUUAUCUCAUAGUGCCAAGAAUCACGACAACUCCUACUCGUAAAUAACACUGUGUCGACACAGUAUUCGUGAACAUCGCUGAGGUUUCUUCUACUAUUUUUGGUGCGUUUCGGAUUAAAACUUAAUAAGGUCUAGAUGUCAAUUUCAAUUCAAACAACUACGUAAUAUUGUAAUUCCUUUCUUUUGACAUUGACUGUAUUGCAAUAAUAUUCACAUUAUUUUUAAUUUAUCGUUGCUGUUGUUAGUUGUUGUACUUAUUCUAUAUACUUCAUCACUCAUGUCUUUUCUUUCAUGAUUGCUUGUUUGUUAAUAAAAAUUACAACGUUAUAAAACAAGUAGUUCUUGGAAUUAUUAUUAAGGUGGUCUUUAGCCACAGGCUGGUUCACCAGCGUGCUCCGUUUCGGUUCUGUAUACUGGAACUGUGCAACGAAUUCAAACAGGUUAUAGAAGUUUGUCAUUACUGUUAUUACUAUAAUUUCUCUGGUAAAUUCUUACCAACGUUUAGAGCCUUCCUGAUUCAAUUAUCAGUUAACCGUGCCCCUUGUUUCGCAAUUCUAAUGAUUGAACGUGAUUUAUUCUAUUUUUAUAGGUAUUUAUAGUAUUUUGACAAGCUAACAGUACAAACCGCCGAAUGCAUUUUCACGAAGUGAUGCUCCGAUAUUAACAUAAUUUCUUUCAUUGCAUACUUUUUCCGAAUUGAGCCUUAUUUAUAACAACGUGCACUUAUCAUGGCAUAGAUUCAUAUUAACUUUAUAGUUAUCUUUAAUGCUAGUAUUUCUUCUACUUAGUAUGAUUGUAUUUAUAUGAUUUAAAAAAAAAAAGAUUUAUUGUUCUAAUAUUGAGUUCCUCCAAGAUACACCAUUUGAAUAAUUCAAUAAAAUAAGAUUCAGUAAAUAUUCAUAAUUCGCUGGUCAUGAUGGAAGUCAGUAUUAGAACCAACAUAUUAAAGAUCUAAACUAAUCAUAACAUAAAUGAUAAACGUUUUUAACAGUAUUUAUAUAAAAAAAAUCCCCAAAUUUAGCGCAUGAAUAACCCUUUUUAUUGUUUUUUUUGCCUAAUUUUAAGUAAUUUUAUAAACUUGAUUCUCUAGAAAUGUAUGAAUGCGUAAACAUUGCUUGAAGCUAUUGUAUACAAAUGUAUCAUACUCAUUUUUCCUUUUAUUUUGCACUUUUCUUUUUUUCGCUGUGACUAUUAGCGAAUUUCCUUAUUCCACCAGCUCACCUCGUUUUGACCUGGAAGCGCACUAACUGCUUGUCAGCUUCAACCCACCACCGCGCGUGCUUAGUUCGUAAAUAAUUAUCUGGCAUCUCUUUCUUACUUGCGUCGUAAAUCGCGAUGCUGUUGUUUUAUUGCUCGGCAGAUUUGCCCGGACGCAGUGGAAUAAAGAAAUUCGCUAUAAGUGUAUUUAAGUGUUUGGCUGAAACAUAUGUUUUUUCAUACAUCACUAUGUAUUGUUUAAUCAUCUAAGCUACAAUUAAGAAAGUUUUUUUUAUACAGCUUUCGUAAAUCAUCGUUUUAUUGAAAGGUUAUUACCUAAUGCUAAAAAAUUAUCG